AUUUCUAGGUACUAAUUCGAAAUGCAAAUUCUUUCUGCAAAUGAUGUCAAAAUCUACAAUUUAAGUGCUGGCAAGUCAAUCCCAGACUGGAUUACAGAUCGGAAAAGACGAAGAUUGGAACAAAAAGAUAUAGAUCUGCGAAGAAGGAUACAGUUAAUACAAGAUUUUGACAUGCCCGACAUUAGCAAUACAGUCACGGUAUCCCCCGAUGGACGCUACAUAUUUUCUACGGGUACCUAUAGACCGCUUCUCAAGUGUUUUGAUGUAACUGACCUGUCGCUGAAGUUUUCGCGUGGUCUUGAUGCGGAUGUCGUGAAAAUGGCUGUUCUUAGUGAUGAUUACUCAAAAUUCGUACUGUUAGAGGAAGAACGAUAUGUCGAGAUGCAUGUCGCUUAUGGAAGGUAUUUUAGAAUGAGGAUACCGAAAUUUGGUCAUGACAUGGCUUUCUGUCAUGAAGUGAGUGACCUCUACAUUGUGGGAAGUGGCAGCGAAAUUUUCCGCCUAAAUUUGGAAGAAGGCAAGUUUUUGGCGCCUCUAAAGACUUCGUCUUCGUCACUGACAUGCUGUGAGUUCAACAGAAAUCAUCAUUUGUUUAUUUGUGGAACAAAUGAUGGCCGAAUUGAGGCUUGGGAUCAUAGGGACGGAGAUCGAUGUGGUAUUCUUGACUGUGCUUUACAUUUUCGAACAAAUAACAGCGAGUUGCCAGUAGUGACUUCAGUAUGUUUUAAAGAUGCGCUUCAUCUUGGAGUCGGGACGAGUACUGGUUGUGUUUUACUAUUCGAUAUCCGGUCUAACAAACCUCUGCUUAUCAAGGACCAUCAAACUGGUUUGCCGGUAAACAAAAUUGAUUUUGUACCAGAGCACAAUCUUGUUUUAAGUAUGGAUAUGCGCUUAUUGAAAAUAUGGGAAGAAACAGAUGGUAAACCGUUUGCAGCAAUCGAACCUGGAUCUAAUUUAAGCGACUUCUGCCGAUAUCCUGACUCUGGACUUCUAUUUUUUGCUAAUGAGGCUCCUAAAAUGUUGCAAUAUUUUGUUCCGGCUAUUGGUACAGCUCCUAAAUGGUGUUCAUAUCUUGAGACAGUCACGGAAGAAUUGGAAGAAACAGAACAGCCUGCAGUAUAUGAUGAUUACAAAUUUGUGACGAAAGGGCAGCUUGAAGAAAUCGGUCUGUUACACCUUAUUGGAACUAGCCUUCUGCGUGCUUAUAUGCAUGGAUAUUUCAUCGAUAUCCGGUUGUACAAUAAAGCGAAAACAUUCACACAACCAUUAGCGUAUGAAAAUUAUAAGCAGAGAAAGAUAAUGGAAAAAAUUGAUGAAGAACGUUCCUUGCCAACUGCAAGCAGGAAGUUAAGGAAGGCGAAAUUACCAAGUGUGAACAAAGAACUAGCUGCAAAAUUGUUGGCUUUGAUGGAAGAAGUGAAAAACGUCGAUGGAAAGACAAAGAAAAAGGAUAAAGAUGCGGCUUCCAUAUUGUUAGACGAACGUUUUGGGUCUCUGUUCACAAACCCUGAUUUUCAAGUUGAUGAAAGCAGCGAGCAGUUUCAACUGCUUCUCUCGAUUAUGAAAAAAUUAGGAGGGGAACGACAAAAACUGUCAAAAAAAGAUGUUGAUAAUGCGAACGAUAACAAGUCAGAAAUGCAAAGCACGGAAGAUUUGGACAUCGAUGAAAGUACAAGCAGCGCUAGCAGCAAGAGUAAUGAAAUUUUUGUUGAAACUGAUGACAAGAGUGAUGCGAAAAAUAAUACGGUGAAAAAACCAUAUAUGUUCAAUGAUAAGGAAAGUAGUGAUGAUGAAGAAAUGCAGUCAGCAGUGUUAGGAAAGUGGGAAACUGUGAAGCCAAAAGGUUUUGACUUAAUCGAAUCAGAUAUCGGUGAAGAUACUUUACAAUACUUGAAGCAGAAGAAGGCUGGUGAAAAUGCUGUUCCAUUUUUUGCUCAGGCAAAAGCUGAAACGAUGAAUAUGAAACGCAAAGAUUCAUCGAAAGAUGUGGGGAGAAGUGAACAAUGCAUACCAUUUGGUGGGCUGCAGAUGACAUUUAAAAUGAAAACUUGUGCGUUGGCUGCAAAAAAGGAGUAUUUGGCAAGGAGAGGAAAGCAGCAUUUGUUGGAAAGGAGGGAAGUAAGACGGAGUAUAAGAGGAAUAACCAAAAUGUUGAAAAAACCUCCGGUAUGGGUAGGAUGUCGACGGAAAAACCCCUGAGCAAGAUGAUCUGACAUUUAUGUGACCAUUUAAAUACUUG